GUCGAUGGAAGCAGUCACACCAACAUCAACAGAAUCCUAGUCAUUUCGAUUUGGUUCUAGUGUACCAUAAGCGUCAUCGACAUCUGCUGUUAAAAUGAGCAUUAGGGUGGACGCCGUUGCAAAACCGGAAGCGAUGAAUCAUGACUCCUCUAUCCUGGAUUUAGCAUUUGCCAUGGAUUGUACGGGAAGUAUGGGAACGUAUAUAUCCAUGGCUCAACAGAGUAUCAAUCACAUCGUAGAUGAAAUUGUGUCCAAGGAGAGUUCCGAUAUACGUCUGGCCCUGGUUGAAUACCGUGAUCAUCCACCAGAAGAUAGGACAUUUGUGACGAGAGUGAAUGAUUUUACUCCCUAUGUUAGUACCAUGAAAUCCUGUUUAAACGCAGCCAGAGCCGAUGGAGGCGGUGAUACACCAGAAGCGGUAGCUGAUGCGUUGUAUGAUGUUUUAAAUCUCAAUUGGAGAAGUAGUGCCACAAAGAUAUGUGUAUUUAUUGCUGACGCCCCGCCACAUGGGUUGUCUCGGGGAGGAGAUAGAUUUCCUGACGGAUGUCCUAGCGGACUUGAUCCGAUGAAGACUGCGAGACAAUUGGCCGAACGCGAUAUUACCGUGUAUAUGGUGGGAUGUGAACCCAGUAUAACGCCGUACAAACAUUUUUUCAUGGCCGUUGCACACAUGACGGGUGGUCAGUACGUGCCACUGACCGAUGCAUCUUCGCUCGCUAAAGUGAUCAUUGGAGGUGCCAGAGAAGAACUAUCUUUACAAAGACUGAGAUUGAAAGUCGAUGAAGAAAUUCGUAAAGAGGUUGAAACAAAGGGUGUUGUCGAUGAAGACUCUGUGUCAAAACGAGUCAUGAAUAAGUUUCGUGACGAAGGCUACAAAACAAAACAUAUUACAAUUAAUAAACUCCAACUUAAAACAUCAACUUCAGAAGCUGUGAAGUAUUCAGAAUGUUCAUCAAUGGCCGAUGUGAAAAAGGAUUUCGUGGAAGCGGGAACCACAGAGCGAAGCACAAGUAGCUCUGGGGAUGUCGUAGACGUCGAAGAAGAUGAUAUCACUUUGGAACAAGCCAAACGACUCGUGAAACGUUCAGUCGCUACAAGAAUGAUUCUGAAGAAAUGAACAUAAGAAUAAUGUGUUGUGAAAAACUGGAAAUAUAGUAAAUAGAAAUGAUGGUGUUAAAACAAUGUUUACUUCUUCGUAUAUACUUUAGUACUACGCUGAUUGAAUCUUAAAUGGCGCUAGUCGUCGCGCCACGCAUGCGCGACAUAUAUGGGUUUCAUAUAAACAAAGAUGGCGACUUUGACUAUUGCGUAGAUUAAUUAACGAGUAUAAACAGAGACGUUACCAAGCCUUAAUUAGGUAUUUUUUAGGUGACUGGAAGGUAUCGAAGAAGAAGUCACCGGUGUUAAUUUGUGCAAGUCGCGCACGGGUCAAACCUCAUACUUGUGAUUUACAUUAAAAUAGCGCAUUGGAUUGUGGGAAAAUCAAUGUUUAUCAACACAAAUGUCGCACAUGCACAACGCGACGACCGCCGACCUUUAAUGUAGUAACACAAUAUUAGGCUAACCGUUUUGUGAUCUCAAACAAUUGCUAAAGCCUUCCCUAUAGCACUCACGUGAUUGCUUGAAUAUAUCAGCAAAUGCCGUAUUAUGUUCCCUCUGUGUUUCUAACUAUGUUGCUGUGAAAGUAUUACAUUAUUACAUCCUUAUCUUUAUCGUUCUAUAAUAACAUACCAGCGUUGUUGUGAAGACUUCGGGGGAGGGUGAAGUACGAUGUAUUUAAACGUACAUGUGUGUUUACUGGUUAAAAUGUUGCCAGGUUGUGCAUUAUGACGAACGUGUUAUUAUGAGAUGAUAAUUUACUAUAUGGUGAUUCAGGUCCCACAAAAAACAAUCUGCAAUUCGUCACACUCCAUGCUAUGUACAUUGACAAAACGUGCCUCACACUAAUCAAUGACCCAGCGUAACAUAAAAUGAAUCAAGGUGUCAGUAUAUUAUUAUAGUACUAUAGUUAGUAUACAGUUAGUUGCAUAUUUUCCAUUAUUCCAUUUAUUGUCGCUUAUGAAAAAACUAAUGAAAUUAUAUUUAACAUUAUUUUGUCGCGUAGAUUAAAAUUGUACGAUAUCAAUUUUCCAUAUUAUCGGCAUCAGCUGCGUGUAUCGAUAUUUUUUCAUAUUCUAUAUUCAUUUAAUCGUAAAGAGAGUAAUUUAGUUCAGUACUUCAUUGAUUAAAAGAUUUUGAAAAAAAAAA